CUAAGGCCCCGGGUCAGCCCUCCAGCGAGCGUGUGCCGAGCUGUGGGCUCCUUAGCCCAGGAUGGAAGUGCUGCGCCGUUCCUCGGUCUUUGCUGCAGAGGUGAUGGAGGUUUUUGACAGGUCUCCCACUGACAAGGAGCUCGUGUCCCAAGCCAAGGCUCUCUGCAGAGACUACAUAAAUUCAAGGCUGAUUCGAGCAGGGGUCAGCUGGAGCAAACCUGAGCACCACGCACCAGUGCCUGGUGGCAAGCUGGCCGAGGUGUCCACCAUCCUGCUGAGACUGGGGGAUGAGCUGGAAUACAUUCGCCCCAACGUGUACCGGAACGUGGCCCGGCAGCUGAACAUCUCGCUGCACUCCGAGUCGGUGGUGUCAGAUGCCUUCCUGGCUGUGGCUGCACAGAUCUUCACUGCAGGGAUAACGUGGGGCAAGGUGGUGUCCCUGUAUGCUGUGGCAGCAGGGCUGGCAGUGGACUGUGUGAGGCAUGCCCAGCCAGCCAUGGUCCACACCAUCGUGGACUGCCUGGGAGAGUUUGUCCGCAAGACCUUGGUGACCUGGCUGAGAAGGAGAGGAGGCUGGGCAGACAUCACAAAAUGUGUGGUGAAUACUGACCCCAGCCUCCGCUGCCACUGGCUCCCCGCUGCAGUUUGCAGCUUUGGGCACUUCCUCAAGGCCAUCUUCUUCGUCCUGCUGCCCGAGAGAUGAGUGCCA